GGAAAAGCCAGAUCUCGCGUGCCCCGCGGCUGUGACAGCCACCACCAGAGCAAGCAGGCAGCAGCAGCGGCAGCAGAUCGCGAGAGCGGAGGAGCAGCAGAAGGAAGGAGAGGGGAGAACGAUGCUGCCCACGACGGCGUCCAAGGGCCGCGGGGCCGCCCGCUCCGCCCCGCCGCUCUUCGGCCCGUAUCUCCGCCGUAUCGUCAAGUGGCAGCAAAUGGAUAUCGAAUACACGUUUUGGCAAAUGGUUCAUCUCUGUACUUCACCAAAAGUAGUCUAUCAGCACACCAAAUAUCACAAGCAAACAAAGAACCAGUGGGCUAGGGAUGAUCCUGCAUUUAUUGUCAUUCUAAUUCUUUUCCUUGUGUUUGCGACAUCAGCUUACUGUGCAGCGUUUGGAGAGAGUGCGCCGCAUGCUGCUUUAACAAUCAUCUCGGUUGUGUUUGUCCAUUUCUUGUUUGCUGGGCUAGUUUUGGCCACACUUUGCUGGUUUCUUACCAAUUCUUAUCUGAGGGAGGAACCUAAUAGCCAUGUGGUCGAACAACGUGUCGAGUGGCUCUAUGCAUUUGAUGUUCACUGCAACUCGUUCUUCCCUGCAUUCGUCAUCCUAUAUGUGCUUCAAUACUUUUUGUCGCCUCUGUUGAUCGCUCAUGGAUUCUUGCCUGCCCUAUUAUCAAACCUCCUGUUCAUGGUGGCAAUUUCUUAUUAUCACUAUCUGAACUUUCUAGGAUAUGAUGUUCUUCCAUUUUUGGACCGAACGACAUUUUUCUUGUACCCAAUCGGACUUGUCAUCAUACUAUCGCCACUCAUGAUACUCAUAGGGUUUAAUCCAACAAGAUACUUUCUGAGCUUGUACUUCCGGUAAGAGUGUGGUAACUAGUACGCUAAGUAAAAGAAGACUGGUGACAAAACUAAUGGCAGAUUGGGUGGGACAUACAGUUUGAAGUAGCAUUUUAGAUCUCUUGUGCUAUCAGGGAAGAGCGAGCCUCAGAAAAGUUCAGAUCAUAUUUGGUGCCUGCGGAAGGCCAUCAGUGAGCGCCUUUUGAAUUGUGUCCAUUUUGGUGCCAACUUGUUCAUAUAUGUGUUGUUUCCUUUGAUUUAAGCCCAAGGACGAAGUGUACAAUUUUAUUGUGAAGAACAGUAUCAUAUUAAAUUGGCAUCAACAUUCCAUGUGAUCUUUCUUCCAUCAACUUGUUUUCCCUGCCAUCCUUUCCACUUUUUUAGAGGUAUGUAUGAAGGUCUGGAUUGUUCCUUUGCA